AUGGCAGACACAGAAGUUGCUGACGUGCCUUUGGUGUCCUUUAAGAAGCGUGGCGCCAAAGCGAAAGCCAACCUACGGAAACGAGAGCCUACGCCGCCUGCGCAGUCAGACUCGGACUCUGGCUUCACAUCUUCUGAGGACGAGGGCGGGCGUGCAAUCAAGCGGAGAAAAACAAAUGCAACCGUGACUGCUUCAUCUACCAACAACAACUCAAGUCGACUGGACGCUCCUGCUGCGCCCACAACGAAAUUAGUCCCUCAAAGCCUCACGACGAAGGACGACGCCACCAAGACCGCAGACUGGUACGACGAAUCCUCCACCGGCAAACCCACCACCAAAUCCUCCUCCACAAAACAAGACGGCGCCGACCCCGACGGCACCUACCGCGGCCUGUCUUCCUACAGCAACUUCAUCACCACCAAUCCCGACCGCCACAUCCCCAAAACCGCCCAGAUCGGACCACAGAAGAACGCCUCCAGUAACGUGCGCACCAUAACAGUCACCGACUUUGCGCCCGACGUGUGCAAAGACUACAAGCAGACCGGCUUCUGCGGAUUUGGGGACAGCUGCAAGUUUCUUCACGCAAGAGAGGCAUAUUCGCAAGGGUGGCAGUUAGAUCGGGAAUGGGAGAUCAACACCAAGGGAAAGAAGCUGAAAGGCAGAACAGUCGCAUCUGCGGCCGGGCGAAGGAAUGGCGGCGAGGCGGAGCCGAACGACGACGGUAACGACGAUGCAUUGCUGGAGAGUAUUCCAUUUGCAUGCAUAAUUUGCAAAGAAUCAUACAAAAGUCCUAUCGUGACAAAGUGCGGACACUACUUCUGCGAGGCGUGCGCAUUGAAGAGGUACAGAAGAGAUCCUUCGUGUGCGGCCUGUGGGACAGGAACUGGUGGGGUGUUUAAUGUUGCGAAGAAGUUGAACAAAUUAUUGGAUAGGAAGAAGGAGCGGGAAAGGGAGAGAGAACUGGAGAAACAGAAGGCUGAUGCGGAAGGUGCUUGA